UCGUAGUCCUCCAUCUUCACCCACUCUCAUCGUUGGCAUCGUGCUCUCCAUGACCAUGGCGGAUCUCCGGGGACUGCUCUCCAUGGACGGAUCUGACCUCCUCCCGGCGGCCCUCGCCGCCCUCGCUGUCAUCCUCGCGCUUUACUUCCGCUUCCGCACUCGGAUACCCCCGGGGCCCCGGCCGUGGCCGGUCGUCGGCAACCUCUACCACAUCAAGCCCGUCCGCUUCCGCUGCUUCGCCGAGUGGGCGCAGACGUAUGGACCCAUCAUGUCCGUCUGGUUCGGCACCUCUCUCACCGUUGUCGUCUCCAGCUCCGAGCUCGCCCGCGAGGUGCUUAAGGACAAGGACCAGCAGCUCGCGGAUCGCCCACGCACCCGAUCGGCUGCCCGAUUCAGCCGAAACGGGGCAGAUCUAAUCUGGGCGGACUACGGUCCCCACUAUGUCAAGGUCCGCAAGGUCUGCAACCUCGAGCUGUUUUCCCCUAAGCGCCUCGAGGCCCUCCGACCCAUCCGCGAAGACGAGGUCACCUCCAUGGUCGAGUCCAUCUUCCACGUUUGCACGCAGGAAGACAAGAUUGGUCAGAGUCUGGUGCUUAAGGAGCAUCUGCAAGCUGUGGCAUUCAACAACAUUACACGUCUUGCUUUUGGGAAGCGAUUUGUGAAACCAGAUGGUACUAUUGAUGAGCAAGGGGUUGAGUUCAAGACAAUUGUUUCCAACGGCCACAAAUUUGGAGCCUCACUCUCACUUGCAGAGCAUGUGUCAUGGUUAAGAUGGAUGUUCCCACUUGACGAAGAGGCCUACGAGAAGCACAAUGCUCGAAGGGAUAACUUGACUAAAAUCAUCAUGGAAGAGCACACCCAAGCACGCUACAAGAGCGGAGUUAAGGAUCACUUUGUGGAUGCACUUCUCACACUGAAAGACCAAUAUGAUCUUAGCGAGAACACCAUUAUGGGCCUUCUCUGGGACAUGAUUACAGCAGGAAUGGACACAACUGUUAUAUCAGUUGAAUGGGCUAUGUCUGAGAUCGUGAGGAACCCAAGAAUUCAAGAUAAAAUCCAGGAUGAAUUGGAUCGCGUCAUAGGACUCGAACGCGUCAUAAAUGAAACAGACUUCACAAACCUCCCCUAUCUGCAAUGCACUGUAAAAGAAUCCUUCAGGCUCCAUCCUCCGACUCCUCUCAUGCUUCCCCACAAGGCCAGUGCCAAGGUCAAAAUUGGCAGCUAUGACAUUCCCAAAGGCACCAAUGUUCUUGUCAAUGUCUGGGCAAUUGCGCGCGAUCCUAAGGUUUGGAAAAACCCUCUAGAGUUCCGCCCUGAGCGGUUUCUCGAGGAGGAUAUCGACAUCAAGGGUCAUGAUAUGCGAGUGCUACCGUUUGGAGCUGGUCGCCGUGUUUGCCCUGGAGCCCAGCUGGGCAUUAAUUUGGUCACUUCGAUGUUGGCACAUCUCUUGCACCACUUCAAAUGGACACUCGAAGAAGGUGUUAAACCAGAGGAUGUCGACAUGAGGGAGACUCCAGGCAUGGUCACCUUCAUGCAGACUCCAUUGCGGGCUGUUGCAAUGCCAAGGUUGCCAUCCCAUCUAUACGCGCGUGUUCCUGCAGAAAUUUAAACCACUUCAUCAUUUGGUAAGUUUCUACACUUCCCUUUAUGUUGUGUUUGGUGAGAUAACUAAAACAAUAUGAUCACCUAUGUUAUUAGGUCUUAAUUAUGCUAUAAUCUGCGUUGUUACAGACUUACAGUUAUAUUUGGUUGUUAUUCUAAUUUUUUAAAUUUUUUUAAAGAUUUUGUAGCUUUUUUAAUAUUGAAAUGAAAUAAGUUAUUUAUUUUAUUUUA